ACGUGUCCCAUUUCUAGGGCUCUCUCUCCAAACAAUGGCGCCGACGAUGACGCAGCUCAAUUGCUUCUCCGAGGCGGCGGCCGCCUCGAGCAAGCCAUGGAUUGGAAUGCCGCAGCCGGCGAUCGGCUUCCUGGGAGGGAGGCUGUACCAGGUAAGAAAAUCUCUAGAAAUCCCUCGCAAGAGCAGGCGAUUCAGCUCGAUUCGCGCCGAAGUCCCUCCGCCGGAGGUUCUGGAAAUCAAGCCUAGCAGUAGCGGCACUGGCAGCAGCAGCGAUGAGACGAUCCGGCAGUUCCUGGACAGGGAUUACAAGUGGGGAUUCGUCUCCAAUGUGGCGUCCGAGUCCAUCCCCAAGGGCCUGGACGAGAGCACUGUCCGUUUGAUCUCCUCCAAGAAGAAGGAGCCCGACUGGCUCCUCCAGUUCCGCCUCAACGCCUAUCGCCAGUGGCUCAAGAUGGAGGAGCCAAGCUGGUCGGACAACACCUAUCCCAAGAUCGACUUCCAGGACUUCUGCUACUACACCGCCCCAAAGCAGAAGGAGGUGAAGCAGAGCUUGGACGAGGUGGAUCCGGAGCUCCUGGAGACGUUCCGGAAGCUCGGGAUCCCUCUCACGGAGCAAAAGAGGCUGGCCAACGUCGCCGUGGACGCCGUCUUUGACUCCGUCUCCAUCGCCACCACGCACAGGAAAACUCUCGAGGCUGCCGGGGUGAUCUUCUGCUCCAUAUCCGAGGCCGUCCACAGGUUCCCGGAGCUCGUGAAGAAGUACUUGGGCAGCGUGGUUCCGGUCGCGGACAACUACUAUGCCGCUCUAAACUCUGCUGUGUUUAGCGAUGGAUCCUUCUGCUACAUCCCCAAGAACACCGUCUCCCCGAUGGAGAUCUCGACGUACUUCCGCAUCAACGCGCUGGAAACCGGGCAGUUUGAGCGGACUUUGAUCAUCGCCGACGAGAAGAGCUUCGUGAGCUACUUGGAGGGAUGCACUGCCCCGUCCUACGAUAAGAACCAGCUCCACGCAGCGGUUGUGGAGCUCUACUGUGCCGAGGGAGCCGAGAUAAAGUACUCGACGGUGCAGAACUGGUACGCGGGUGACGCUCAGGGGCGAGGAGGAAUCUACAACUUCGUGACGAAGCGGGGGCUGUGUGCCGGGAAGAAAUCGAAGAUCUCGUGGACGCAAGUCGAGACCGGGUCGGCCAUCACUUGGAAGUACCCGAGCGUUAUACUGCGAGGGGACGACUCGGUGGGAGAGUUUUACUCGGUGGCCGUCACCAACAACAGGCAGCAGGCGGACACGGGCACCAAGAUGAUCCACGUCGGGAAGAACUCGAGGAGCCGGAUUGUGAGCAAGGGGAUAUCUGCUGGAGAGUCCCGGAACUGCUACAGGGGCCUCGUCCAGAUCCAGCCCACCGCGGACAACUCGAGGAGCUUCUCGCAGUGUGACUCGAUGCUCAUCGGGAACAACUGCGUCGCCAAUACUUAUCCUUACACGCAGGACAAGAACCCGAGUGCUCGAGUGGAGCACGAAGCCACUACGUCCAAGAUCGGCGAGGACCAGCUGUUUUACUUCCAGCAGAGGGGGAUCGAGCCGGAGAAGGCAGUGGCGACGAUCAUCGGUGGCUUUUGCCGCGAAGUUUUCAACGAGUUGCCUCUUGAGUUUGCGGCCGAGGUAAAUCAGCUUAUGAGCUUGAAACUGGAGAACAGUGUUGGGUAAAUCACACUUGGUCCAACUACAUACAUGUUGUAUAGAUAUUUACAUCCAUGUUCUUCUCUCAAAACAAUAAACAUGAUGGCAAAGCUGAAAUAGUCAAUGUUAGUCA